UUCCCCGCGGCGCUCGCUCAAUUGCUCUCGCAGACGCGGCAUUUUACGUCGAGCAGCGGGGGGAACGGAGGAGAACCGAGCGAGUGGUGUGGAGCGUGACCGCGGAGAGGACGCGCGCAGUUCUGUUGUGCCAGAGGAAGGAAAGAUAGUGCGGUGCGAGAUGUCGUCGACGAUGAGGCUCGUGCUCGCGGUGGCCGCGGUGUGCGCGGUCGCAGUGUCCUCCGGCGCGAGCUUCGACCUCGGCCCGAUCGUCAGGGUCGCCCAGUGCAGGUCCCAGUGUCUCAAGAAGCACAGCAUCGACGGCUCCUGCGAGUGGUGGCGACACGGAGAGACCGGCUGUAACGAAUGUUGGCAGCAUUGCGAGUCCCUGGAGCGGCAGUGGGGCGGUAUCGGCAAUUGGAAGGCGACGGCGGCAGCGGCGCAGCAACAAGCGACCGCCUCGACGAGAGGCUCCGCUAGCUGCGACGACUACGAGUACAAGCAGUGCCCAUCGUGCAAGACGGCCUGCGAGUACCGGAAGGGUCAGGUGGUCGAGCAGUACCUGCCGUCGAUGCUGCCGGCGCCUCAUCGGGCCCCGGUCUCCCUUACCAAGAACGACGUUGCCAUUCUCAUGCGUAAGAUUCGCCAGGAAUGGAAGGUCUUCGAUUACUAUCCGGGAAUACGGACGCCGAGCUCCCUACGCCAAGACGAGUGGAUAGUGGCGGUCGUGGAGGACGGCGGGGUAACCCACUACAGCUGGGAGGAAUGGAUGCCGACCUUGGACUCGCUGAAGGAAGGCCCGCUAUUCGAGGCGACUAUAUCAUGGCGCGACGUUGAUAGCCAAUUGAAGCACCAGCAGGUGCUGGAGCAAAAGAGAUUCAACGACAGAGUGCGCCAGUUCUUCCUCGAAAAGUACGGUGAGAAGGUGCUCGAAUGGCGAAACCAGGACGAGGAUCAGGCGAUACCGGAGGAGGUGUUCCGAAGGUUCUUCUUCCGUAGGAAGGAUCACGAGAGCCACCAGAUUGAUGAGAACUCGGAGCCGUCCACCGUUGACAGCGAGGACGAGAGGAAGCAAACCCAAGUGGCCAAAGAGUCCUUCGUGGUAUCUUGGGAACCCGAAACCGGCGGUCUCAUGGGCAAUCAGGUAGCCGAUUCGGAUUUCGCGCAAAUCAGUCUUCUGCCCGGAACUAAGUAUUUAGUAAGAAUUGCCUCGAACGAGGGACCGGGAAGUUUCCCCAUUGAAGUCGAUACAAGGCCGAGCUCCAUUCAGGUACACAGGAUUAAAAAAAACUUCGAAAACAUUUACCCCUGGGCCUUCCUUGCUGCCAGCAUGUGCGCGGCCAUCAUCGUAUGCAUCAUUAUCAUUGUCAAGCUUUUGAGGAAGGGCAAGGAGGUCGAGCCCGAGGAAGAGGUAUGAUGAUCGUCAUGGGAGAGGAGGAUAGAAGAGAAGCAUAGAGUAAACGGAGUUUCUUCCGACUUGGGAUUUAUUGGAGGCUGACCGAUUGGGCGAUCAAAUGCCAAUCGACGUUAUCGAUUACGAGUUCGUAAUCGAGUUAUCCAUGGCUCGGGUUCCAACACAGUGCGAGCCUACGCCAACGAAUACACCUAUUCGGAGCUCUAAGAGAUUACGUAGUUUUAAAUUUAAGAUUGUAUGGUGCUCUGACAGAACGAGGAAACUCGGGGAUGGAUGCUGAUACGAUUACUACCCAUAUGAUCAUCAAGGGCCAGUUUUAUUGCUUACAUCGGCGAUUAUUAUUCCUAAACAUCUUAGGAAUUCACUCUUUUAUUGUAUCUGUAAUAAUUAUAAUACCGCUUAGAAUAAUCAAUUGUAUUUUAAACCGUCGGCGCCAGACUUUGUAUCUAUAUGUCAUUGUAAAAAGUUAUAUUUUUAUCUGUAUAAGCGAUGUAUGGAGGGAUACGUGUUACAGUUUCACCAAAAUGCCAUAAUCUUAAAAAGAAAAGGACACGACACAAUGAUGCUCCAUUCACUUUACACGCAACUUUUACACAAGAUCCUCUUCGCUCAUCAACCUCGACACAAAUAUUAAUUUUAACACGAACACUCGAGUGAACAUUCUGAAAUCAUUUAUUGCAUACGCGCACACAUAAGACACAAUUAGUUUUGUAAUUCAUACAAUUUGUAUAAUAUUUUUGUAAUUACUAUUAUUGACCGUGCGACUUGCUCAAGCUGCAACGAACAGACUGUACGAGAGUUCCUAUUGGUAAGGAGGAGCGCAUGAGACUUGAUUAUGUCGCGCGCCCAAAACGAUUGUAUUUAUUUGUAAAUAAUAUCGAACCCUGUAAAUAUUACUAGACAAUUUAAUAAAACCUAUAUGUGAAUUA